UAUUUAAUCUGGCGCGUAUUGUCUAGUUUUGUUAGUUCCUAUCAGAGCUUCAACACGUUUACAUUUAUAAAAGUAAAGCACGGUUGUUCUUUAUUAUUUUAAUAGACCGAGUAGAGUCAGUUUGUAACCUUCAACGUUAUAUUACUUUUAUUUAUAUUUUUUCCAAGGGUUGUAUAUAAUUACAAAACCAUCAGCGUUAAAGUUAUUAAAAUACUAAUAUUGCUCUCGAGGCCACGUGGAUAUUUCCAGUAUAUAUAUUAAAUAAUAUAAUACAUAUAUAUAUACUUGAAUAUACAUACUCAUACACAUAUACAGAUACAAGUUUGAAGCCUAGAAGCCGGUAGACGGUCUUUUUACGGCGUCAUCUCAAUCCUAGUGUAUACCGGACGUUUGACAGUUGAAUAACAAUGGCACCAAAUGUAACAACAGCGCUUACAGCUCUUUGCGAAGAGGAUUUAGCUAAAAGUCCACCUUCAAAACCAUUAUACAAACGAAAAAUAGUUUGGUUCAAUGUUUACGCUUUUUGUGUACUUCAUGCAACUGCUCUUUAUGGAAUGUACCUCGCAUUUACAUCUGCCAAACUGAUAACUACUUUUUAUGCAUUCAUACUAUACCAAUGCGGAGGUAUUGGAAUUACAGCCGGAGCACAUCGAUUAUGGUCACACCGCGCUUAUAAAGCUAAGAUGCCACUGAAGAUUAUUCUUUUGAUUUUCAACACACUUGCUUUUCAAAACAGCAUAUACGAAUGGGCAAGAGAUCACAGAGUGCAUCAUAAAUACAGUGAAACAGAUGCUGAUCCGCAUAAUGCCAAUCGUGGUUUCUUUUUCGCUCACGUUGGAUGGUUGUUGUGUAAGAAACACCCUGAUGUUAAGGAAAAGGGUAAAGGAAUUGACAUGAGCGACCUGGAAGCUGAUCCAGUUGUUGCUUUUCAACAUAAAUAUUACUUAAUCUUGAUGCCACUCAUUUGCUUCAUUUUGCCUGGAAUUGCGCCGGUUUAUUUCUGGGGUGAAUCAUGGUCGAACGCAUACUUUGUUGGUGUUUUCCUCCGCUAUGUUUGGACUUUACACAUGACGUGGUUGGUCAAUUCAGCCGCUCAUUUCUUCGGUCACAGACCAUACGAUAAGUACACCAACCCUUCUGAAAAUAUUUUGGUCGCAUUCGGAGCUCUCGGAGAAGGAUUCCACGAUUAUCAUCACGUUUUUCCAUGGGACUACAAGGCGGCUGAAUUGGGAAAAUACUGGGGAAACAGUACAACAGCAUUCAUCGACUUCUUCACGGUACUUGGAUGGGCCUAUGAUACCAAAGUUGUGAGUCAAGACAUAAUAAAACAACGUGUCCUGAGAACAGGUGACGGUUCACAUCCUGUAUGGGGAUGGGGUGACAAAGACCAAACAGCUGAUAACAGAGAAAGUGCUGUAACAACAAAUAAAUUACAUACUCAAUAGAAUUUUUAGUAAGAAAACGAUUAUGCGAAUAAUACAACUCAGGCAUUAGAA